AUGCGUGUUCUCGUUCUUGGUGGCAGUGGACAGACUGGCCGUCUGGUCAUCGAUGAAGCAUUGGAGCGCGGCCACAAGAUUACAGCCUUGAUUCGGAAUCCCUCUUCACUUCCAGCCAAGGAAGGCCUGACCAUCGUGAAGGGCACACCGGUGGAACCUUCGGACAUUGAAAGCGCUUUCAACGCAGUCCAAGGCGACCUCCCAACUGCCGUGAUCGUCACGCUUUCAUCCCCGACAGAAAAAGGGACUCGAGUUAUGUCUCAAACUCACGAAAACCUCGUCGCUGCUAUGAAAAGACACGGCGUUUCCAAGAUUGCGACUCUGUCUUCAUUUGGAGUCGGGUCUUCGCUCGCGAAUAUCACUGUGCUUAUGAAGUUCGCAAUUUCUUGCACGAGCCUUAGGUAUCCAUUCGCGGACCACAAUCAUGUCGAUGAGAUACUUAAGAACAGCGGAUUGGAAUUCGUGUUGUUGAGGCCAGCGAGACUGACUAUGUCAAAAAAGGCGCCUGUUCAGUUCCUUGGUGACGAUGGGAAAGGACUCGGUAUUUUCGCGGGCCUUGGGGGGAUCUCAAGGGCUAGUGUGGCGGCCUGUCUGGUGGAUGCUGUUGAGAAGAGCACUUGGGAUCGAAGCACUCCUGUGAUAUCGAACUGA